GUCUGCGCAAAACAGUGACGUCACCGAAAGAGGCUGUUUCGAUUCGAUCCAGCUCUCUAUAUAUAGUUCCUGGAACAGAGAUCAUUAACACUAGACUGAACACUCUAUCCGCUUUUUGUGACAGUCGGGAACUUCGUUUAAAGCAUGGACGAAGACGGGGCAGAGGAUGGGAACUCAAGUCAAAGGUCGAACGUCAAUACUACCGCGGUAAAGGACGGACAGGCCGGGACAGCGAUAGCAUUUGGCAAUGCUAAAAUUGAAAACCUUUCAAUUCAAACUGCUCUACAAGGAUCAGUCGUAUCUGGACACUCCAGACAAGUGCCAGAGAAUCCAGAAAGAGAUGAAUAUACGAAGGCAGUCCAAGUCAUUAUAAAAGGGGACUGCCUGAGCACAAUCACAAUUCCGGAGACGAUCCCAGUACACAAUGGCAAGGUGUCGAUACGUGGAAACUACGAUGACCAGACUGUCAAGACGAAAGUUACAUGCGAACAUGGAAAGAUUGUGCGUCUUGAAGCGAUCUGUGGGAAACAAGAAACUAAAAAUGCCGCCUGUCGAUCAAAGUGGAGGCUCUCUGACAUUGAGAUAGGUGCUUUGUCUAAGUUGAUGGCAUCUUGUUCUAAAGGACUGAGAGACAUAACGCGCGCCUUCACAAACAAAUAACGCGUGCUUUGGAUGCAUGCAGAAGAAGGAAGCUUAGUUUUGGAGUUCGGACAUGGUACCAAAAAAAGAUGCUGAGGAAAUGGUCUCCAAUAAGGUUGAAGUGACCCAUCUGCUUAAGCAUUUGCUUGGAAAUUACAAUAUUCAUGAUGCAUUCAUUGUGGAUAAUGUUGAGGGCAUGGAAGAAUGUGAUGAUGUCACUGAAUUGCCAAGUACUUCCACAGACCAAGGAUGGAAAAGGCAAGGUCUUAGUUUUGUCUGUUUGUUUAUCUGUUUUCCUCCACAUUAUUCCGGCAUGUGGCAACAGUCUGGAACUGAGGAAGUGUGGCAAACCAAUGACUGAAAGCAUGAGCAUUGUACAAAGCCCUCAUGGCAAGAUGACACACAUUAGGCAGUGAGACUGAGUAACCCGAUCCAGUGUUGCGUCCUCUUA